CAGAAGCACCUGAGCAUGGAUCUACUCUCUCCUGCUGCCAAGGUGUGAGCGGCCAUGGUUGCCAUGGUUCUAACCUGGGCGUGUCCUUUCCACGCAGGUAGUUUCGACACACUUCACUCGCGCUGUCUAGUUGUUGUCACGCUCUACUUUUGCUGGGGAAGUUUCAACACGACAACGGAGGAAUAGGACAAAGAGGAAAAUGAGGCAGCAGCUGAGUCUAACACAAAGUCUGAAUGCAUCAUCCUAACGGACGACAUUUUGGACAAGUCCCUCCAACACAACGGCUGCAUCACAAUCCUAUAAAAACGUCAAAAAGUCAUUUAGACCAGCUUAUAUUUUACUGCAAAUUCCUUACAGACUCAAACCCCGUCUGUGUGUGUGACUGAGACCAUGACCGCAUCCCAAACCUGCUGAGAGCUCCUUGACAAAAGAUGCAACCAGGAGGUCCUCCACCGCCUCCACCACCGCCUCCUCCACCCCCACCCCCCCCUCCACCACCGCCUCCUCCACCCCCACCCCCCCCUCCACCACCUCCACCUCCACCUCCAGCCCUGGGCCUCCCUCCAUCCCUACAUGGCUCGGGCCUCAUUGCCAAGGGAGCGCGCCGGCGCUCAACGAUGCGCAAUUUCAACUGGGAAACCCUUCCUCAACACAGUGUGAUAGGAAAGCACAACAUCUGGACAGCGGAUAAGACUGAUGGGGAAUACGAACUGGACACUGAUCACAUGGAGGAGCUGUUCAGCAACAAGCAGGGCCAGCAACAACUCAAGGCCCUGAACCGCCAGAGUCUGAGGGGCCUGCCAACUGCUGCCUCAGGAGGGGUAAUGGUUUCCAUCCUCAGCUCCAAGAGAAGCAUGAACAUGGGAAUUUUCCUGAAGCAAUUCAAGCGGCCUGUAAAAGUCAUGAUUGACGAAAUUAAAUCAGGAAGUAGUCUCAGUUUUGGUUCUGGGAAACUGAAGGAGCUGUGCAAGCUGCUGCCAGAUGAAGAAGAGGAGAAGCAGCUGGUCAGUUUUAAGGGCGACCACUUUUCUCUCCCAGAAGCAGAUCUGUUCAUGCUAAUGCUGGUCAAGAUUCCCAGCUAUGGAGAGCGUCUCAGCAGUUUGGUGCUCAAAGAGGAAUUUUUCCCCCUCAUGCAUGAAAUGAAAGAAUCCAUAUGCACUCUGACAGCAGCUGGAAAGGAGCUGUUGGAGUCUGAUCAUCUCCAUUCUGUCAUCCGCCUGGUACUGAAGACCGGAAAUUACAUGAAUGCUGGUGGCUAUGCAGGCAGUGCAGUUGGCUUCCGAAUGGCUUCUCUGUUGAAGUUAGUGGACACCAAAGCAAACAAACCCGGAAUGAAUCUUAUGCAUUAUGUCGUGAUGCAAGCUCAGAAGGCAGAUGUGGAGCUGCUUAACUUUACAGACCAACUCAAACACAUUGAAGCUGCAGCAAGAAUGAAUAAAGGGGAAAUUGAAGCAGAGUUUGAAAAGCAGGUGAAGAAGGUCCAAAAUGCCAAAGCAGACACCUUGAAGCAAGAAGACUUAAAGGCACAGAUGUAUGAUUUUUUAAAGGAGGCCGAGGUCUGCUUGUCAGAAAUAGAAAUUGAUCUUCAGCAAUUGCAGUCAGUGAGUGACUCUGUGGCGGAGUACUUCUGUGAAUCCCCAAACAAGUUCAAACUGGAGGAGUGCUGCUCCAUUUUCAACUCCUUUUGUGAGAAAUUUAUGCGAGCCAUGCAGGAAAACAAGGCUCGAGAGGUGGCAGAGGUGCAGCGGAGACACAAAGACAGGUUGCAGAAUGUUACCAAGCGCAGGUCCACAGCUACCUGCUCCAGUAGAGACAAGGAAAUGGAUGAAGUUGCAUUGCAAUCCGUACUACAGAACUUCCUUACCAAACGUGUCUCUCGGAGGAGACCGGGAUGGUCCUCAUCCACUCAUGGAAGCCCCACGAGUGGCAGCCCCAACAAUGGGAGUCUAUCAGAAAUAACCUCUCAGGCAAACCUCCCCACUGGAAAUCAAAAAAAAGAAGGCUCUUUUAGAGCUGAGGACAUGGGCAGAAAAGAGUGGAAUUCAGCAGCUGAACUCACGGAGAACUCUUCACAAAAGAAAGCCCAGCCUAAUAGCGAGGACAACAAGGCAAAAGGUGUUAUUCCUCAUGAAGAGGUGGUGAAAACUUCCAGAAAAGAGGACUCUAGAGAUUCUGCACACCCAGCCCAUAGGUCCACCAGCAUUUUCGCCUCAGGCAGAUCUUUCUCAGUCAUCAUUGAUGGGAGUGAGGAGGAUCUACAGGAUAAUAAUGAAGAGGAGGCCCAAAAGUUGCGCGAAGCAUCUAAAAAGGUUUUGCACUUUCAGAACAGCCGUGGCAGUGUCUCAUCCGGGGAUUAUUCUCUGGAGAAUCAGAAAUCUCCUGGUCCAGUUAGCACUUUGCCUCGUCAACGCACCUUCGAUGAGGACACGGAGAGGUAUCCUGGAGACCCAACCAAUCAGGAUUUAGUUCGAUUUUUGCUCGAUCCUCAAUCCACCUCAAAACUUAACCUUGUCCGACGCCAUACUCUUUCUACCGUAGUCCCUAAAACUGAGGAAGAGGAAGAUAAUCUGUGCGCUAAAACCCCAAUCAGAACUCCUAAUUCUGCGGCGAGAGAAAAAGGGACACUGCCAACAGAGGGUGUGGGACAAAAUCCCUCAGAACUAGUGUUUGACUUUACUGACGUAUCUCACAACAUUGAAAAAUCUGGUGCUCCAGACCAGAAUUCUCCAUCAGCAGAGAAGAAAAGCAAGCCAAAUGUUUCUGUAACCCAUGUUCCAGAUGAAGGUCUUGUGGAUCAAAAGGAAGUGGGCAAAUCACUGGAGCCCACAGGAAACCAUGUGCAGAGGAAUAGUGAAAGUGUUCCCCCCAAGAGUACAUGGAUUAAGACUGAAAACACUGGGCUAUUUUUUAGCUUUUUAAAACGCCUUGGAGACAUAGGCAAACAGCAGAUCAGCAAGGAAACUGCCCAUAAGGGCACUGGGUCUGGUGUAUAGGCUUUGAAAGAUAUACAAUUUAAUGUCAGGGAAGCACAUGUGACUGCAGUGUUACUUGUUAUUAACUCAUCAUGGUGAUGAUGUACUGUAGUGUUAUAUUUACUUUGUAAAUUGAUAUUGAGGUCGUUAAGAAAAGGAGAGACGGUUUUAGGAAAGUGGUUGGAGAAGGAAAGGUUGAGGAAAGGCCAUUGUGUAUGUUGUACCACUAGAUGGCAGAAUAUACCAGUAACAUGGUAAACUGUAGCUCAGAAAAUAUGGGUGUUGUUGAUUUCCAGGCGAUCUGUGCAUUGCCUUGUAAACAAAAGAACUGUGGGCCCACACACUGUAAAACGUUUAUCUGAUGCUAAUAUUCCCUCAUCAGUUGGAUACAUUACGUACAACGUGUUUUCUUUGUCUGGAUUAAAAUUGUACAGCCUUGCAGAAUGUAUUGAGAAAGUCAAUGAGUGUGAGAGAAUUCAGACUGUGUAAAAUCCUGGUUUGGUUGCUAUUUUUGAUACUUUGAUAAAAGACUACAUGUGAUGCAUGCUUGUGUUCAAUACUGUUAUUUUUCAGUUUUACAGUGAUGAAUAUCUUUGUUUUCCCACUCUUUUGUUGUCACAGAAUCACAUCAAAAAUGCAGACGGUUGAGAAUGCUUUCAGGGUCUUGCUCAAUUCAGCCAUUGUUUUGAGCUUAAAUGGGUCAGUGUUACUAAAGGCAUCCUGUAUCUGAGCAGAGCUGACCCACAGACUCUCAGUGUCAAAGUGAAAGGUGCUGAUCUCAAAUUAUCUUGAGAAGAGAUUACUUUGCUUGAAGGGCCAACACCUGCUGGCCGUGUAUGAUGGAAGGGAAACCGGCCUCCCCGCAUUUACCCGUGGACACUGCACCAGGAAAAGGCCCCAGUGUCUCCACUAGCUAGGAUCAGAUACAAGGGGUCAGUGAGGCCACAGCUUGUGCCAAUAGGAUCUAGGAUUUCAAAAUAUAAAGUUCAACUACUGGCAUCUCUUAGCAGUUGACACCAGGGUUACAAUAUUAAGCUUUUUAGGAUUAUGUCCAGCUGUCUGACUGAAGUGUAACAGUGACCUAUUUAGUUUUGUUCUAAUGUAAACACCACCUGGAGUGAUCUGAAUGCUUUCUAUAUUUUUCUUGCCAUUGAAUAUUUAUAGGACUAAGAUGGAUAGCUAUCAAAAUCACAGAGAAACAAAUAAGUGUUGUCACUGAAUCAUGAGUUGUCAAAUUGGUCUUUGUAACUGUAACUGUCAAAUCAAAGAGUUGUAAAUAAAUAUGUAUGAAUACCAUAGACGUUAUAAAAUGAUGAAUACCCAUUUUUAGUAUAUAAGAGAAUCAGGUAAGGUAAAGGGUCAAGGUAACUACUCUCCAACUAAGAGUAUUUAUAUCUUUAUUUUACAUGUUUUUAUUCACAAAUAGAAACAACAUAUUCAUACAGCUCUACAAUGUUUGUGUGAUAACGCAGCAUACUAAAAAUGAAAAGCUCCCCAGCCAUAAUAAUGAUUAUUUGUAUUGUUACAUCAUUUGUUAGAAAUGUGAUACGUCUGCUGUAACACGCUGUCUAUGAUUUGAUUGUAUUAUGUUUUCUGGUUUCUAUUACCAGGACCUGGCAGCUAUCAGUUGCUACAGGCAACCAUGGUUAUUUUUUCAAUAAGGGAUAACCUAUUAAAGAAUAAUCAGCCUUAGCAAAUUUGA